GCGAUCUAUGCUGCCAGUGAAAUAACGCUGUCAGCCGGAGCUAGCUUAACACAAACCGAGAGCCUGCUUCGCAACACUCCUCACAGAAUACUGGAACACGUGUUGAUGCUACUAUUGUAUCACAGCCAUGUCGGUUGUGAGAUAGUUUGAUCUAAAGUAGCAUGGGGUUUUUCUAUCUGGUUUCAAAGUAAGAUGGAACCUGGGGGUUAAGACCUAACGGUGGCUAGCGGAGGUAACGGAUGGCGUUCGUGCUUUCACAGUGAGGAACCCCCGACGUUACCUUGGUUAGCGACAAACAAGCGUCACCCAGGCGACAGUCUCCUCUUCUGAACUCGUCGACAUGAUCCUGUCGCGAGUGAAACCAGCUGUGGGAGGAGAGAGCCAGGUGAGCUGCAGCGAGAAGAAGAAAAACAAAACAAAGGUUCCCCCCUUGGAGGAAUACCUGCAACAGAGAGACUACCUUGGGGCCCUGACCCUGUUGGAGUUUCAGAGGAGCAUUGGAGAGAAAGAGGAGCAUGCUGACCUCUGGAUCGGCUACUGCGCCUUUCACUUGGGUGAUUACAAGAGAGCUAUGGAGGAGUACAAGUCUCUGACCGAACAGCCUGAAUGUCCUGCUGAUGUGUGGGUCCAUCUCGCCUGUGCCCUGUUUUUCCUGGGGCUCUAUAAAGAGGCCGAGGAGGCUGCGUCUAAGGCGCCGGUCUCCCCCCUCCAAAACAGGCUCCUCUUCCACUUGGCCCACAAGUUCAACGAUGAGAAGAAGCUGAUGGGUUUCCACCAGAACCUGGAGGAUGUGACCCAGGACCAGCUGAGCCUGGCAUCCAUUCACUACAUGCGUUCCCACUACCAGGAGGCUAUAGACAUCUAUAAACGGCUUCUGCAGAACAGAGAUUUGCUGGCCCUGAAAGUGUACGUGGCUCUGUGUUACUACAAGCUGGACUACUACGACGUGUCCCAGGAGGUGCUGGCCGUCUACCUGCAGAGCAUCCCUGACUCCACUAUUGCCCUGAACCUCAAGGCCUGUAACCACUUCAGGCUCUACAAUGGCAAAGCAGCAGAGGCUGAGCUGAAGAACCUAAUCGACAUAUCCUCCUGCUCCUUUGAGUUUGCUAAGGAGCUUAUCCGACACAACCUGGUGGUGUUUCGUGGUGGGGAAGGGGCUUUGCAGGUGCUGCCUCCUUUGAUCGAUGUGAUCCCCGAGGCCAGACUCAACCUGGUAAUCUACUAUCUCAGACAAGAUGAUGUGCAAGAAGCUUACAACCUCAUCCAAGAUCUGGCGCCAUCCACACCUCAGGAGUAUAUUUUGAAAGGAGUGGUAAAUGCCGCACUGGGACAGGAAAUUGUAUCAAGGGAUCAUUUGAAAAUUGCGCAGCAGUUCUUUCAGUUGGUCGGAUGCUCGGCGAGUGAAUGCGACACUAUUCCUGGCAGACAGUGCAUGGCCUCCUGCUUCUUCCUCUUGCGGCAGUUUGAAGAUGUUCUCAUAUAUCUGAACUCAGUCAAGGGUUACUUCUACAAUGAUGAUACGUUCAACUUCAACUUUGCUCAGGCGAAAGCAGCCCUUGGCCACUACAAAGAAGCUGAAGAGGUUUUUCUGCUCAUUCAGAGUGAAAAGAUGAAGAAUGACUAUGUUUACCUCAGCUGGCUGGCACGAUGCUACAUAAUGAACCAGAGGGGUCAUCUGGCCUGGGAGCUCUAUCUGAAGAUGGGCACUUCCUCCGACUCCUUCAGUCUGCUGCAGCUCAUUGCCAACGACUGCUACAAGAUGGGCCAGUUCUAUUAUGCAGCCAAAGCGUUUGAUGCUCUGGAGAAGCUGGACCCAGAAUCUAACUACUGGGAGGGCAAGCGAGGGGCGUGUGUUGGUAUCUUCCAGCUCAUACUGGCAAACAAGGAGUCCAAGGAGACACUUAAAGAGGUGGUCUCCUUGCUGCGAAAUUCAGGAAACCCCCAGGUUGAAUACAUCAUCCAAUCUCUGAGGAAGUGGGCCAAAGACAACCGAGUCCUCCUCUCGUGACGACCGUCAGCACUUCUCAGAGCUUCAAGAGAAACUUCAUUAUUAUCACGUUUUAUUUUAUUGAUUUUGAACAUGUUACAUCACAUUUCAAAAUGGGUUGAACAUCUUCCCACCCUCGAACUCUGAGCCGUCAUUGUUCACUGUAGAUGAAGACAACGACGAAAGUUUACAAAGUCAUAUUAAUAAUGAAACAAAAUACUUGUAUAUGCACAUAAAUCCACAUGUCUAUCAAAUUGAAAUAUAUGUAUGUAUAUAUAUAGUGUGCAUAUAUCGAAACAUGCAUCCAAAUAUAACAUGGUAAUUAGAAUAAUAAGAGAAGUUACAUUAUGCAGAAAUCAUUGGAGCAUUUGUUUAUUUUCAGCAAAUGUUGUGAAUGAUAUAUCUGAGACACAUUUUGAACUUCUCUCUCUGAUACAAUGUUGUGUUUUGUUUUUUGAAAAUCUUUAGUUGCAAUUCUCUCUGUACUUGUAUCUUUUGUAUUAAAAAUGACUAAACGUU